AUGGACGAUAUUGAAAGUGUUACAUCCGAGUGCUGUGGUUCGGGCUGUACAAACUGUGUUCUCGAUCAAAGGAGCAAAAAGCAAACUGCAUUGGAUAAUUUCGAUGGACCAAAUGUGCUAUCUGGUGGACGAUACCAUCAAUUUAGGUGCACCCGAAUCGAACCGAUAACAACCAAUACGUAUCUGUUUCGAUUUCAUCUGAUCACUAAUGAUGCUGCGGAAGAUGCGAAACUUUUAAUUCCACCUGGCAGUCAUCUGAUGCUGCGUGCCGAGCGAAGUUGGCGUGAAGCAUCCCGACCUUUGAACAGUGUGUUUUCAAAAUGGUGCAAUGAGGCGUUACAAACUGGCGCGCAUCGAUCACGUGCUGACCGUCGCGCGAGGCCUCUGGUUGAGAAACAUGACAAAACUGAACGUGAUUUAUAUUUCAGUCGACCAUACACGCCAAUCUCGGUGAAUCAAACCGAGCGGACUUUUGAUGUGUUGAUAAAGCUGGAAGUUGAUGGAGAAAUGUCAGAAUAUCUGGUAACUUUGAACAUAGGUGACGUUGCAGAAUGGAAAGGGGUUUAUACCGGGUUUUACUGGACGCGCAACAUGUGUAGCCAUCUGGUGGGCUUUGUACAGGGAGUCGGUAUAGCACCAGUUUAUUCCAUAAUGAAAAACAUUCUGCAAGAUGAAGAAGAUUAUACAAAGUUGUGCUUGUGUUCCUGUUUUUCCGAUAUUAGUGGGAUUACAUUGAGAAGUGAUUUAUAUACUAUGACGGGGUUCUGGAACUUUGAAUCAACAAUAUAUCUCUCUCGUGAACCGUGUAAAUGCGGUGACCGCAGAUCUUGUUCGUGCCUGUCAUCUAGGAAAAAAUACAAUGAACGAAUUUUCAAUCACAGAUUGGAAACUAUCGACAUAGAAAAUUUAUUGCAAAAAUACGCUUCGAGUUCGGUCCAGGUCCUAAUCUGCGGAACCGACGUGUUUGUGGCGUUUAUUGAAUGCUGUAUAUCAAAGAUAAAUGUAAGCUAUAAUUGCUAUAAAUUUUGA